GGUACAUGCUAUUUAAAUUUGCUUGUAUAUAUUUUUUCAAAACUAUAGUUGUGUUAGACAUGGUAUGGACUUUACAAGUGUUGCUGGAGGCUUAGGACCAGCUCAGAAUCUGGUAUCCAACAAUAGCUCUGCUGAUGAUGACGUGCACUGUGGCCGUGAUGCUCUCACCAACAGCUAUGGCUGGUUUGUGCAGCUCCUCCUUGCAACCCUGGCCUUCAUGCUUCUUAUUGUGAAGCGGUUUUGUGAACCAUUGAAGAGGAGACGGUCAUGGCUGGUAUGGUUUUACGACACUUCAAAACAAGGACUUGGUGCUGCUCUUGUUCAUUUCUCUAAUGUCAUAUUGGCUGAGGAAUUCACUGGUGACCCUUGCACUUGGUACAUAGUGAGCUUCCUGCUGGACAGCACCGUAGGGCUCAUGCUGGUGUGGGCCGGCAUCAGGCUGAGCAUCUUCAUUGGUCGCCGAUAUCGCCUGCCAACUCUCAUAUUUGGAGACUAUGGUCGGCCUCCAUCACACGUGUCUUGGAUGCACCAGUGCCUGCUCUACUGCGGGCUCAUGGGCGUCGAGAAGCUGCUGGUGACGGCGUUGAUGCGCCUCCCUUACUGGACCUCCGUCAGGGACAUCAUCCUCGCCCCUAUCACCAGCCCUCAGCUCAGGGUCGUCGUUGUUGUUCUCAUCAUCCCCUUCUUUAUUAAUGCAUUAAUAUUCUGGGUGACGGACAACUUCCUGAUGUUGAAAGUCAAGCCAGGCGCUCUCGAUUUGCCCGUCACACGAAGCAAGCCUGGAGACUUGGCAUCUUGCGUCGACCAGGUUUUCUACCAACGCUGUGGGUCAUCGUCGGCAAGUAGUGGCGAGGGAGACGUUCUCAUCAGCAACGCGGAACCGUGCGACGCCGCCGACCUACAGCGACCGCCGUUAGCGGGCGACUGGCACGACUCGGGCCAGGUGACGCUAGGCGGCGCGGACCGAUGCCUUGCAUCCGAUAGUGCGGACGUGACGAUGUUAGGCGUACACGAAGACCUGUCCGCCAGUCCCUUCACAUCGCCUGUCCAUCAAGCCAACAUUUCAGCUGUUGAUAAAAGCCUAGGACUUUUGUCUCCUCUCUCAGUUGGGUUCUCCUCUCCCAUUGCCAAGCUACGGCAUCUUUCUGUGUCGGGUUCGGACUCAAAUGCCGCAUCUGCCCUGGAGUUGAACGAAGUUAUAAACUCCCCCGCGCGACUCUCAGGGCAGCAAGAACUGCUGCCUGAUGACGUGGUCCUGCCACAUACACUAAAUGAGGCUGUCGUUACUACAAACAAGGGCAAGCCUGGCAAAAAGAUGGUCUGAGUCGGUCGAUAGUUAUUCUGAAUCGAACGAUUGUUUAUGAUUUUCAGAACUGUUAAACUGCUGAGCAUAUUUGCUCAGUAAUUAAGUAAUUGGAACAUGUGGACAAAUUAUUAUUGAGUCUCACUAAUGUUAAUGUGAGUGCAAGUGCUAGUAUUUGCAUGUUUUAUUAAUAAUAUCUGUGUGGGAAUUGUUCUCGUUAGUCUUUGGUAUUACUAUAAUACUCGAAUUAUUUUCCCCCCUAGGCUAUCUUGUUUUGCUAGCUGAAUGCUAGUUAAGGUUACCUGGGUAAUUUUUCGUUUGAAUUCUUUGUAUAAAUUUGAAUUAGUAUUGAAUAGCGUUGUUAUUGUAGAUUAAGAACGUUUGUGUG